AUGGAUCAAAGCCAAGAGGGCCUCUUGAGCCCCAACGACCCAGAACGCGAACCAGACCGUUUCCGGCGCUCCUAUGAAGCGCGCGAAUCAUCCGACCUCGAAUCCGACAUCGACGCGACCGAGUUCCUCCAGAGCGACCCUCUGACCGCCGAAAAAGGCACCAACUCGCUCGCAUUCCAAUCCCAACCGCGUAGCCGGUGGUUGCAACGGCCAUGCGGGUGCUGCGUCGGCCGAUCGCGGAAAUGCAUAUACUCGUGUCUGGCCGUGCUCGUGCUCGUGUGGAUCGCCCUGGGAGCAGGCGGGUUCUUCGCCUACAAGAAAUACAAGCAGUCUCCGCCCGAUGGCCAGUCCCCGCCGUGGUACCCGACGCCCAAGGGCGGCACGGCGCGGGGAUGGGCACACAGUUAUAGGAAAGCGAGUGAGAUGGUAGCGAAGAUGACGCUUCCAGAGAAGGUCAAUGUCACGACAGGGACCGGGUGGAUGAUGGGCCCUGCGGUGGGGAAUACGGGCCCGGCCGUCAAUGUUGGAUUUCCGGCUUUGUACCUUCAGGACGGCCCGCUGGGGAUUCGCUUUGCUGACAAUGCAACGGCAUUCCCGGCCGGAGUCACGGUCGGCGCCACAUGGAGCAAGGACUUGAUGUACAAAUGGGGCAAUGCCCAUGCGAUCGAGGCACGGAAGAAGGGAAUAAAUGCAAUUUUGGGGCCCUGCAUCGGGCCCCUUGGGCGCAUGCCCGCAGGAGGCAGGAACUGGGAAGGCUUUGGCGCUGAUCCGUACUUGCAGGGCAUUGCCGGAGCCGAGUCCAUCAAAGGCAUCCAGGACGAGGGUGUCAUGGCCACCAUCAAGCACCUGGUUGCUAACGAGCAGGAGCAUUUCCGACAGCCCUGGGAGUGGGGUCUGCCCAACGCCGUAAGCAGCAACAUCGACGAUCGAACUCUGCACGAACUCUACAUGUGGCCGUUCGGUGAUGCCGUCAAAGCCGGCGUAGCAAGCGUCAUGUGCAGCUACAACCAGAUCAACAACUCGUAUGCGUGCGGCAACUCCAAGCUCCUCAACGGCAUUCUCAAAGAUGAGAUGGGUUUCCAGGGCUUCGUCAUGAGUGACUGGCUGGCACAACGUAGUGGUGUCGCAACUGCGCUAGCUGGCUUGGAUAUGACGAUGCCAGGGGACGGAUUGUUCUGGCAAGACGGCAAGUCUCUGUGGGGCUCAGAGCUGACCAAAUCAAUUCUCAAUGGCUCAGUACCCCUGGACAGAUUGAACGACAUGGUUACUCGCAUCGUCGCCGCGUGGUACCAAAUGGGCCAAGACGACAAGAGCAGAUUCGACCCCGAUGGACCUAACUUCUCCUCUUGGACCAACGAUGAAUACGGAGUCGAAUCGCCUGGCAGCUCUACGGAACAGGAGAAGGUCCGCGUGAACGAGUACGUCAACGUCAUGGGCAACCACUCAGCUCUUGCGCGUCAAAUCGCUGCGGAGGGCACAAUCUUACUCAAGAAUGAGGGUAUUCUCCCGAUCGACCGUCAUGGAAAUACCGACAUGAAGCUGCGAAAGAAACACGAAGGCAAGGUUCGGAUCGGAAUCUUUGGGGAAGAUGCUGGACCUGGUCAAGGUCCGAACGCUUGCAAAGACCGCGGAUGUAAUCAGGGCACGCUGGGUUCUGGCUGGGGCUCCGGAGCUGUUGAGUUCCCAUACUUGAUCUCUCCUAUCGAAGUACUCGACGAUGGCUGGGACAAGGAAAAAGUCGAACUGAACUCAUGGUUGACCAACUCUCCACCGUUCGAGAAGCAGCCCGAAAUCCUCGAGAAUCAAGAUAUCUGCAUCGUUUUCGCCAACGCCGACUCGGGUGAGGGUUUUCUGUCUUGGGGCUCGGUUGGUGGUGACCGGCCUGAUCUACUUCUUCAGAAAGGUGGCGACGACUUGAUCGUAGCAGUUGCAAAAGGUUGUGGUGGCGGUAAGGGUGACACGAUUGUUGUCGUCCAUGCCGUCGGCCCUGUCAUUAUGGAAAGCUGGAUCGACUUGCCAGGGGUGAAGGCAGUGCUCCUCGCCAUGCUACCCGGCCAAGAAAGCGGAAAUGCGUUGGGAGACGUCAUGUUUGGAGAUGUCAACCCAAGCGGUCAUCUGCCUUGGACCAUUGGCAAAAGCUUAGAUGAUUACGGCGAAGGAGCCAAGAUCAUGUAUCUGCCUAACGGCGUGGUGCCGCAACAAGACUUCAAAGAGGGUCUUUACAUUGACUACCGACACUUCGACAAAUACAACAUUGUGCCGCGCUUUGAGUUUGGAUACGGCCUAUCGUACACGUCAUUCGCCUUUUCCGUCCCGGAAGUCACGGAGGUCAAACCAAAGAGCGCGUACCCGGCAGCUAGACCGAAGGACUUUGCCAUGCCGCCUGAGUACGACAAUUCUAUUCCCAACGAGGAAGAGGCGCUGUUUCCCGACGGCUUCAGGAAGCUGGACAAAUACGUCUACCCUUACCUCGACACGAUCGACGACCUCGUCACCGAUGGCUACCCCUAUCCGGAUGGCUACACCGACCAGCAACCCCUCAGCGGCGCCGGAGGCGACGAGGGCGGGAACCCCGAUCUGUGGGAAACGUACGUGACCGUGUCCGUGAACGCGACCAACACGGGCGCCAAACCGGGCAACCUCGUCACGCAGCUGUACAUGGCGUACCCGAAAGACAUUACGGGUAACGAGAGCAGUGUCGAUUUCCCCGUCAAGGUGCUGCGCGGGUUUUCGAAGGACUUUUUGGAAAGGAAUGAGACAAAGAUUGUGGAGUUUGAGUUGAGUAGACGGGAUUUGAGCUACUGGGAUGUGGAGAGCCAGAAUUGGAGGAUGGUUACGGAGGGGCAGUAUGCGUUUAUGGUCGGGACGAGUUCGAGGGAUUUGGAUAGGUUGGUUAUGUGGUAA